CGCUUUGAAUGCCGAUGUUACGGUCACAUAAAGGUCUCAAGGAUAAUCCCAACUACAUCACAUGGAUGAUAUUUUACUAGUCUUCAUCUCAGCAAAGCGGUCUGAUUUAUAGCAUUCGGUUGAAAAUAUGAUGACCCAAUAUGGAGUUGCUUUUCAUCAGCACACUUUCUUCCACUGAAUUGAAAAAAAAAAAGAAGACAUUUUUCUGACAUAAACUGGGGAGUCAAGUGAAACAUGACAUGCACAAAUGCUACAUGCUACAAUGUCAAGGUCCAACUGGUUGCGUCAAUGAGAACAACCAAACCAAAACCAACAUCCAGAACUUCUUGCUAACACAGCUAACAAGGGGAUACUUUCAUUUGCACAUGAAAAACUGGAUGAUUCUGUACUACACUUUCGUUUUCAUGCCUACAAUUUAGAACAGACAUUUGGGUACUCUGAGAUGGAAAAAUAAAACCCAGUCCAGGGUGGGAGACCACCUCCAAAUGCCCCCUCUUCCAGACGGCGCUGGUGUCUGUGGUGGGUCGGGUCUGGGUAUUUGGCUUGUGACAGUUGCGUGGACGUCUGGACCACUGCAUUACAGACUGGCAUGUUAAAUCCACAUCACUCUUCAGCUGGAUUUACAAACAGCCUGAUCAUUCUCCCUGUAAUGUAUCUGACCGAUGGCAUCUCAGAUGAGAACCUAGAGAUUAUGUCACUUUAAAGCAUUCUUUGACGUAUGCAGAGCAAUGUGAGCACUUAAAACCACAACGGCGCUGACGUCUUGCUUCAACAUAAAUGCUUGUGAAUCCAUAUGAUUUGCUCUGUAGGAUCAAAUGUUAAUUUGUGGGAAGUACAUGUUUAAUGCGGAGUCACAGUUUGCUGUCAUUGACUCUAAUAUGCCAUCAGCAGAUGCUGUUGACCACAUUUUAAAAGGUUUCUCACUGUGUAUGUUGUAAAGUCUGAUCUGAUUCGAAGGCUUCCUGAGUUAAUGUGUGUUUGUGUGUCAGUGUAGGAACAUGACUGUACGCGGCACACGCCAAAAUGUUUGACCUGAAACAAACCAAGCAAAAUCCAGAGUUUUGGAUUCUGUCCAUCAUUUGGUCUGGUGGAUUUUCUCUUGGGCAUCUGGUGUGUUUGUUGUCGAAUGGGAGAAGUUGUAUUCUCACCCAACGGCUGAGUUAUUACCGUCCACAUAAUAGUGUUUGCAGACAUAUGUGCAUUUGACUUUGAUACUGGGUUAGCAUAACACGAUUUUGGUGAAAAAAGCUCAUUAGAUGUUUGUGGCUCUCCUUUGCUAAUCUGUGUGGUGUCCAACUUGAUCGCACACUGUUAUAUAACAAUGGCAUUGUGGAUUUUAAUCCAUUGUUACAAGUUAUCUGCUUAGUUCCAAAUAUAACUGUCGUCAGUAGAGGUGAUUCUCAUAGGACGAGAUUGUCUCAGCUCACUUUGAAACCUAUUAUUUUUGUUUUAACUCUUAAUAACGUAAGAGAGAAAAUGAACAGCGAGAGUAAACGUUCCCGUCGCAGCACGAUAUACUGACAUCUAGCGGAGGUUGGGUCAAACGACAGAUUAACGCCGCUCCAUUUUCCAGCAACAAAAAAAAAAAGAUCUUUGCUGCACUCUGCAGGUCAGUUGUUGCACUGUAAAAUCCAGGGAUUUAAUACAAAGCGAAUUUGUGGAGCGAGGAGAAAAAAAAGAAAUACGUCCAUUUAUGUGGCUUACAUUAGGCGGAGAGUCAAAUAAAUAUGCAGAGGUGUUAAACAACGGUAAAAGUGUUGGAGCGAAAUAUUUAGCUUUGAUUUUAGGAAAUAAUAUAUAUUUCACUCAUUACAUAUAUGGCAAACAGAUCACACAUGCAUACACACAGUUGCAUAUUACUGCUCACUUUUCACUCUCAGAAAUGUUGACUACACUGAAUGUCAGUAUUAUUAAUAUUAAAUAAUGUAAGAAAGUAUCAAAAUUUCAAACGUUAUUACAGUGUAAUACUGCUCAUUAAAAAUAAUCAUUUAAAUAAAUUACACAUCUACUAUGAAACUGUAUUUGUUGACUUAGUUGUAUGGUCUUAAAUUUUGGUCAGUACUCGUCAUAAGAUUUUUGGGUUAGGGUUUAGCUUCUGGGGAUCCCAACAAUCAGUUUUCACAGAGACUCCCUAAUGCAUGCUGUUUUGAAUUGCUCAGCCUGAGAAUCCCCAUGACCUGCUGAAUGGCUACCUGAAAAAGCCAACAGCAGGCAACUCUUGAGAGAAGCGCCAGGUUUGCCAUCAUGGAUUACAAUGUGUGUCGGGACAGUGGCGAUGGAAAUAUUAGUCAGUGUUGGAUGAAGCUUGAUAAAAUCCUUUUACGGUGGCGUCGUGUUAUUCUCUUUGUGGAAACGCGUCCAUUCGCAACAAAGCUAGCUGUUUAUAGUACACAUUGACUUCCGAAAUGAAACAUGCAUUGGGAAUCCAUUUCCCUGAUUUUGCCCCGACUCCAAAAUACACAAAACCUCUAAUCUGAAAUGCCAGGGAUUAACCAUCGCGCAAACUCUCUAUAAUUCUUCUUAUCCCCUCCCCCUUCACAUCCCUCUCUCUCUCUCUAUCUCUCACUCCCCUCCUUCUGCCGGGCUUGUCCCAUUUAGGCCAAAAAGCACCGUGAUUGAGAGGCCGGAGCAGGGAAGGUGGGUGGGGUGGAUUAGAUUAAGUUGGUACAAAUUCAAGAGAUCACUUGUGGUGAGAGGGGUGGCGGCUAAAGAGGCAGAAAAAAAAUGUGGUGAGUGAGGGAGAGGUUGAAAAUGGUUGAGUCAUGCAAUCAGAGCCCACUUGGCAGCAGGUUGCCUCUGACAUGACCACGCUCAUCAGCCACACCCCGUCACUCACCCUCCUGGAACUUUGAUUUUAGGAUUCAAUGCAACUUCACACGCUUUGAAUUGAUGACAGAGGUUCAGUUCCGUCCUGCCAGAUGUGGUGAAAAUAGAAGUGGUGGAAGAUGGACUGCAAAUGAGGUGGAAGGCUUUCGAUCUCUGGACUUUAAUGUGACUUCUGAACAGGACAUUUUUACCAGAAAGGGGGUGUGAGAGGGUAAUGGGAAAUGUCAACAAGGCGUCUAAAAAGAGGAGUAAAAAGAUGAAGGGGGCGACCCCAGCAGACCGGAGCGUCAGCAGCCCGUUGGAAGCGGCCAUGUUAGCUCACCUGGGAGACGGAGGUGAGGUGGAAGCGGAAGAAGAGAAGGGCGAGUUCAUUGAUCCGGUGUGCGCUCUGGUUAAGAACUGCAACAUGCUGCACAACAUAGUGGGACCGGCGUGCAUCUUCCUCAGGCAGAGCUUUGCACAGAGCCAACUUGACAGAGAUCUGCGACCAGAAGAGAUGGAAGAGCUUCGUGAGGCGUUCCGGGAGUUUGACAAAGACAAAGACGGCUUCAUCAGCUACAAGGACCUGGGCGAGUGCAUGCGGACGAUGGGAUACAUGCCCACAGAGAUGGAACUCAUCGAGCUCAGCCAACAGAUCUGUGGCGGAAGAGUUGACUUUGAGGACUUCGUGGAGCUGAUGGGACCGAAGAUGCUCGCUGAGACUGCAGACAUGAUCGGAGUCAAGGAGUUGAGGGACGCUUUUAAAGAGUUUGACUCCAAUGGAGACGGUCAGAUAAGCCUGGCGGAGCUGAGGGAGGCCAUGAAGAAGCUGAUGGGAGAGCAGCUCAACCACAGAGAGAUUGAUGAAAUCCUGCGUGACGUCGACCUCAACGGUGAUGGUCAGGUGGACUUUGAGGAGUUUGUGCGGAUGAUGUCUCGCUGACUUCACUGAUGCAGACCGAACUUCUUGCUGCUCUUUACUGGAAUUUUUCUUCAUGUACAAAGACUUGUUCCUGUCUCCCCUGUGUCUGUGUUUGAGUGACUUCACUAUUUCCAGGGACAAAAAAACCCUCUUCUUACUGUUGUACGAAUGUAUAAUGACAUUUAUUCAGAGAUUAUGACCAGUGGCGGUUGAUGAAAAACCUGACUGUUGCACUAAUGAAUGCUACCUCUCCACAAACAUCUGGUCAUAAUCAUAAUUAAUCUCUUAACCCAAUUAUAGCACCCCCAUCUCAACUGCUAUGCUACAGUGAAACAUGUUAUAUUGAAUGGAAUGCACCAUGGAGUCAGCAACACAAACUUUCAACACGGAUACUGAUAUAUUAUUGUAAUUAUAUAUUUACUCAAAACUAUCGGUGAAAGCUUAGGGUGAAGACGACCUCAAUGUAUACUAUAUAUAUAUAUAUAUAUAUAUAUAUACUGUAUAUAUUUCAGCAUUUCAGCAUUUCAAAUUUGUGUGCACAAUGUCAUUUUUCAAUGUUUGACAAAAAUAUUUCAUUUCUAAACUCAUAGUCACGUAAAAUUUUAUAGCUCUUUAAAUAUAUGCAUUUGAUACCUCGAUGCACAGCAAAUGCAAUGUGAUUUUUGUUUUUACAAACUUUUGAUGGUGAAUGUUGGUGGAAGGUAGCAGUAGACUUCAUUUAAUUUAUUGAAAUGAAACUUGAAAAUGUGCUAGUGUGUGUAUCUAAUAUUUCGUGGGUUGGAGCAGAAGAAAAGCAGCGUCAACUAGCUAACAACGUUAAUCAAUCUGGCCAAAGCGAACUGGACCACUUGUUUAGCCGAGUUUGACUUUAUGGUGUUGUAGUUCUAUCAUGGUGUUUUCCUUUCAGUGGCGGUGAUAUUUGGACCACAGAUGAGAUUACAGUCAGGCAACUUUCUGCAUGCGUGUGGUCACUCAAUUGUUUUGUCCCCUGUGUCACCAGCAAAAAGAAAAGUAUAUUUUUGGAGCUCUAAUGUUAGUAAUAUCCUUGUCAGAUGAUGAAUAUAUGCAAUGUACAUAAAUAAAGAAAAGAACUGGGAAAUUUCAUUUGUUACUCUUGUUCUCACCUGUGCUGCUGUUCCUGUCUUUCCUGGUACAAUAUCAUCUCCUUCCAGUAGCGGGAAGUGUUCCACUUUUCCUUUUUCCUUCUAAUCCAGUAGUGGUGUAACGGAGCAAAAACACUUUGGCAACACUUUGGUUUGUUAUGGGGGCAAGGGACAUGGCUUAUUUUUUGUUUACUUAUUUUGUUUUCUGAUGGCUUCCAACCUCACCUAUUGUCAUCCUACUGUCUAGCAUACUCCAUGGCCUCCCUGCUGAGGGAACAGUACGUUUAUAGCAUGCAUACAUCCAAACUGCCUCCCACUGAUGGUUUUUGCUGGUAACUUUAUUACCUCUUUGGGGCCCACGACCCAGAAUUCCAAAGAUAGUCCAAUAUUUGUCUGAAAAUUUUCCCCAUUGGAUCAAAUUUUUUACCACUAUUUUAACGGCUCACUUCUUCUUCUUCCUUUUAUUUCCCCUUCUCCCUUCAGGGGCCCCUUCUCUCAAACCUCCAAACCUCAUGUUCUCCUUCACCACGUCCACCUCCUUGGCCUUCUUCUCGACCUUCUGCCUGGCAGUUCCAACCUCCAAAUUGACCAACAUCUCGAGGGUAGAGGAGAGGAGAAGAAAAUAUAAGAAAAUAUAAGUUAGUUCUUUGCUCUCUGUGAAAAAAAUGAAUGAUGGGUCACAUACAGUACAGUGCGCAGAAAAUCUGUUACGCACACAGAAGUUGCAAUUGUGGCCAAACCAUUUCAGCCCUUCUGUCUCCCAUUUAAAAAUGGUGAAGUAAAUCUCAGAAAAGCGGGCGAAGUUACCCAUUUUCAACUCGCUAACCAUUUA